ACGAAUUUGCUUUCAAGGUCAACACCAAACACGGAUGGAAUCCUAUAACAACCUUAGUAAAAUCGUGGGUAAUGCUCAUGAAUGCUUUUCUGGAAGAAGCAAAAUGGUUUAGAUCAGGGUACGUGCCGAACGCAGAGGAGUACUUGAAGAACGGAAUAGUGAGCACUGGGGUGCAUAUGAUCCUUGUGCACUCUUUCUUUUUCUUAGGUGAGGGUAUAACGGCUGAAACAGCCGCUGCAUUGGAGGGAUUACCAACGCUGAUAUCUGCAACAGCCACCAUUCUAAGGUUGUGUGAUGAUCUUGAAGGGGACCUGGAUUUUAAAGGUGAUGCGAAUGAUGGGUCGUAUAUGAAGUGCUACAUGAUAGAGCAUCCAGAAGUUUCCAUUGAAGAGGCACGGAAGCAUGCCAGUGAAUUGAUUUCGAAUGCAUGGCAACGUCUGAACCAAGAAUGUCUCACAGAUGCAAAUCAGUUGCCAUCAUCUUUCACCAAAGUUUGCCUCAAUGCUGCUCGCAUGGUGCCUCUCAUGUACAGUUAUGACACAAAUACUCCAUCCAAGCUAGAGGAAUAUGUUAAAUCAUUGCUUCAAGGUGGUGCUGUGAAAAGUAUUCCUCAAGAUCAAACCACUUUUUCAUCAAGUAAUCUUACAUCAACUGACAUAAUGUAGAUCACAACCAAAUUAGUAUGUUGAUGUUUAAAUAAGGGUAAGUCAUAGAGUCCUGUAAAAAAAAAUUAAUAUGUUGCUAUAUAAAAUUGUAUUUGAUUUUAGUUCUUGCAUCAAUCAAGCCACAAGAACAUGUAACUUCUUUGGAUCAAUUAUAGAAG